CGUUGGUUCCUCUCUUCCAUUUCCUCUGAGCGUUCUGCAAUCUUUUUAUCUCUCAACUUGUUCAAGACAUGGCGCAGUCAGUUGUUACAGAAGAAUGGGUCCUUGGGCCGGAGGGUACUCCGUUCUACACCAAACGCUGGUCCCCAAGCACCGGCGAGAUCAAAGCCUAUAUUCUCUUUGUUCACGGCUUUUCUGAACAUAUUGCUCGGUAUGAUGCAUUUUUCAACCUUCUUGCGUCUUUGGCCAAUCUUCACAUUACCGCAUACGACCAACGAGGACACGGUCGGACAUCGCAAGCGCCUCUAUCAUCGUCCAGUCCCGAGGUGAAAAAAUGGAAAGCGGAGGGGAAAAUGGUGAAAGUUGAAAAGAAUGGGAAGCGGAGAACAGGUGGGUGGGGUAAAGUGUUUGGAGACAUGGAAUGGUUUUUGAAUGGGGAGAACGUGAGGGCUGGGGGGAAACCCCUGUUUUUAUGGGGUUUCAGUAUGGGAGGUGGACAAGCACUUGCUUUUCCUAUGCGCCCGACUCCGCCGCCGUCGAAAGAGACGAUUGAUAUGCUGUCGGGGGUGAUUGCAGGUGGACCGCUCAUUAGGCUUAGCAACCCUGCGCCGGGAUACCAAAUCAAGGCGGGAUCUUUUGCAGCCAACGUUGGCCUGGGCUCGUUCUUGAUCCCCACUCCGAUGGACUACAACCAUCUGUCGCACGACGCUGGACCCAACGAGUCGGCCAAGUCGGAUCCUUUUUGCGAACAAGUCGGGUCGCUUCGCGGUGUUGCCGACAUGCUGAAUGGCGGCGAAUGGCUUGACAGCCAGGACGCUUGGGAUAGGUGGCCUCCUGCCCUGCCAUUGCUAUGCUACCACGGUGGCGAGGAUAAUAUCUGUGAUGUACGAGCGACCAAGCGGUUUGUGCAAGGGGUCAAAGCAGGGGAUAAGACCAUCAAAGUGUUCGAGGGCAUGUACCACGAAGUGCACAACGAAACGGAACCGACACCGAGCGACCUCGCAAAGAUCGUUUCCGAGUGGAUUGAUGCUAGGAUCAGCCAGCCCAGCAAGACGCAACCUGCAGCACCUGUUGCCGGGCAGUCCAAACUGUAAACAAAGUCUGGUACGAUUAAGGGUAGUAUGUCCACGAGCACAUGUAUAGUUAUCGUCAGCAGCAAAAGAUAUCCGUACAAGAGAAUGUGAAUACAUUAGGCGUGUGACAUACGGA